AACAUAUGCGCAAAAAUUCCAAAAGGGCAAGAUACUUGUGACUACUUAGUCGAGCAAGUGCCACCAGUAAAGACAUGGAAAUCAAAAUAUAUUGUUGCUUCGUUCAGAACUAAACGACACUUUCGAAUAAGAAUCAUAUCAUCACAAGAUGCAAACAGAAUAGCAAUAGCAGGUACUGUACGCGCAACCCUUGACCGUGGUGAGUUCUACGAAUAUGUCAUUGAACAAGACUAUAUUGCAGUUGUUGAAGGAACUUAUCCAGUUCUUGUUGUUCAAUACAAUGAAAGGCAUGAUGUAGACAACGAUAUAGGUGACCCAUUUAUGGUUACAAUCCCAGCGGUAGAGCAUUAUUUAGAUGAAUACUAUUUCGAGACGCCGACACAUUUUAUAAGUCAUCACGGGUCAGUCAUCAUUCCCACCAACAAGGCCGCCGGUCUUCGCUUGGACGGUCGUGCUCUUAGCAGAUCAGAUGAAAAACGAACAAGUCUUACAAACGGCAUUCACACGAAUAGUUACAGUGUAAUACGAUUUGCAAUAAGCAGCGGAAAACACCAUAUUUCCCACAUUGAGCCUGGUGUCACAUUUGGUAUGAUACUGUAUGGAUAUAAACACAAGGACUCGUACGGACUUCCCCUUGGUUGGAAGAUGAAUGUCACAUCAAUUGUCGACGUUAGACUAGCUAAUAAUACAAGUUCCAAAUCUGGUGUUUUGGAAUUGCUCGUUGAUGGACACUGGACACAAGCAUGUAGUGGUAGCAUUGAUAUGAAUGUAGCAAAAGUUGUUUGUAAAACUCUCGGUUACGAUAAAUAUGGGUUGCCUCCUGGAGCAAUAUCAACAGUGCAGCAUAGAAGCUUGACGUCAUCGACAGGACUACGUCAUAUAAUAUGUACUGGACAAGAGCAUUCUAUCUCUGAAUGCAAAAUAAGUGAUAGAGAUAUAAGUAAAUGUCCAUCGUCAGAUAUUGUUGAAGUUAACUGUGCACCAGCAUUAAACAGUAUCAUUCAUACAUCUUGUUCUCCAAAUAACUGGAACGUUACGGUAGAUAUGGAAAAACUUAACUACAGAUUUCCAGGAUCGGUGUCGUCGGAUAUAUACCUUGGUGAUAAUACAUGUACAGGCAGACAGUCCGGUCAUCAACUGAUUCUUUAUCAUGACAUUCACGGUUGUUUUACAACAAAAACUGUGACGGACAAAGAAAUCAUGUUUACCAACCAGCUUGUUUAUGCCUUUCACGACCCUGAUUACUCUUUCAUCAUAAGGAGUUUUAAUUGGACAGUUGAUUUACACUGUCUAGUUCCAAGAGACCAAUUCGUUCACAGCAAUGUCACAUACACCAAUCAGAACAUUGACAACGCUAAUUCAGUACUGAAUACCAGUAGCCAUUACAAUAUUAGUACUCAUUUUUUCUCCGACCCAAACUUCAUGACGGCAAUAUCUGGAAAUCCAAUAAGAGUAGCAGUUGGUACAAAUGUGUUUGUUAAGUCAUUUAUCACUGACGUUGACUGGACCAUGAAGAUGAGGUUACAUACUUGUUACAUGACAAUACAAGGUGGAAAAUAUUACCUCAUUAAAAACGGGUGUGAAGUAGACACAAAUACUCAUCUCCUGUCACAGACUGAUCACGAGACGAAGUUUGUGUUUAAAGUAUUUGACACGACGAGUACGCAUGAUGUUUCCGUCAAGUGUGAUGCCAUACUCUGUGACAUGUCUGAUGGUAAAUCGGCACAACAGUGUUCCCAGCAUUGUACUUAAAUACAGAAAUAUGCAAUUGUGUGAUUAUUCCUAUUUGUAAUAAAGUGACUGUGUAGAAGUAAACUACAUGUAUCUUUCUUUAUAAAUUAUCAAA